GUUCCAGGUGCUGCUGGAGUGCUGGUAGGACACCCAUUUGACACUGUUAAGAUGACAGAUAAGCCUCAUCACGGGAGAGUUACCUAGUUCGUCUACAAGUUCAAAAUGUAGAGAAACCUCUCUACCGUGGGACCUUCCAUUGCUUUCAGUCCAUCAUAAAGCAAGAAUCUGCUUUUGGACUCUAUAAAGGUAUUGGGUCACCCAUGAUGGGACUUACCUUCAUUAAUGCACUUGUGUUCGGUGUACAAGGUAACACACUACGUGCUCUUGGAAAAGACACUCCUCUAAACCAGUUCCUUGCAGGGUCAGCAGCAGGGGCUAUCCAGUGUGUCAUCUGCUGUCCCAUGGAGUUGGCAAAGACGAGAAUGCAGCUUCAAGGAACAGGUGAAUACAAACUAAAAACGAAGAACUACAAAAAUUCUCUGGAUUGUUUGAUCAAAAUCUAUCAAAAGGAGGGGUUGAGGGGUAUCAACAGGGGCAUGGUCUCUACAUUCAUAAGAGAGACUCCAAGUUUUGGCUUUUACUUCCUGACCUAUGACUGCAUGACCAGGUAUUUAGGCUGUGAAGCUGAAGACAGUUACGUUAUUCCCAAACUGCUGUUUUCUGGUGGGAUGUCAGGAAUUGUGUCCUGGCUCUCAACUUACCCUGUGGAUGUGAUCAAAUCCCGGCUCCAGGCUGAUGGAGUUGGAGGUGUUACACAAUACAACGGCAUUGUAGACUGCAUCAGAAAGAGUUACCAUGAAGAAGGCUGGAGGGUGUUCACAAGAGGUCUUACUUCUACACUUCUCCGUGCUUUUCCUGUCAACGCAGCUACAUUUGCUACUGUCACUGUGUUCCUGAUGUACAUGAGGUCAGAAGACAACCUUCAUGAAUGUGAACCUGGUCCAGUAAUCCAGCAGCCUUCCAAUUUGUAA